AUGAUUCCAAGUUUGCUAAGGUCACGUUUCUCAAAUACAUUGGAAUCACAUCAAAUUGAUGAAGACUACAUAGAAGCAAAUGGGGCUACUUGUAUAAGCAAUUCAAGCAGUGUACAACUGUCUCAGCAUUCACCUUCACCAUCAUCAGUUCAAUCUACAGCGUCAUUCCCGCCAUCGUCAACUCCAUUGGAUACCAAUAGUAAUAGCAAUACUACUACGAAUAAUAAUAAUAGCAAUUCUACCAAUGAGGCAAUUCCACCUUUUGACCCUUAUGAGGAAGUUCCUUCAUAUGAAGCUUCUCAAAGAAUGCAUAACCAGGGGACCCAUACACCUAUUGAUGAUCUUGUUCGUCCUACUCAGAUAUAUACUCCAAUUCCUUCUUUACCAAUGCCUCAAUCUAUGCCACAGGCUGUGCCUAUGACAGAGUCAAAUUCGUCGAAUGAAAGUACUCUUAAUAAUCUGAUUAUACCUUCAUCAUCUACAAGAGUCAAUAUGAUGAAAAGAACUUCAAUUAAACAGUUGGGUUUGAAAUUCCUCAAUGCUAGACAGCAUUUUUUAUUGGCAUUCUGUCGAGAUGUUUCCUUGAUUCCUCCAGUAAUAGGAUUAGUUCAAUCUUGGAAAUUGAGUUACUACAAUGAACAUAAAGUUGAUAUAUUAGACAAUUCACCACGAGGAUGUGAAUAUUUUUUAACUGGUAUUUGGUGUAUUGUCAGUGCUUAUUUAUCGUACUCAAUUUUGGAUUCAUUGCUAGUACGUUGGAUUGUCACAUACCUGACAUCAGCUGCCAUUGUCCGUGUUUUAUCUAUGCUGACAAUUAUAAUUACUAUCGAGUUGUUCCUAGUGGGUGCAUUUUCUGAUAGUGGACAGAAGUAUGGGUUACAUAUUUGGUUAUUAAUCAGUUGUUUCUUGACAUGUGUCUACAUUGUUCAGAAUUUUGUGACUUCAAACUUAGAGAUAUCGUCAAGGAAAGGGAUUCGUAAGAAGGCAAGAUUCUUUGAUAUUUAUAAUAUUGUUGUAUUUGCUGUAGUUCCUGUUGGUUUGGCUAGUUUUGUCACCAUGAUUGGGCUAUUACGUUCACUACUACUUUUGCGCAUGGAUAUAGAUCAGCUACUACUGACAUGA